AUGUCCGACGACGAUGAGUACUACGAGUUCGAGGACGAUUAUAUGUACGAGGAUCUAGUCCCAGACUUGGUAGACGACCUCGCCGCUUCCUCAUACUACGAAGCCAACCUGUACGAAGACCCGGGAAAUGAUGGCGAAGACUAUUUCAGCGACUGGGACUACUAUUCGGACGAUUACUACGACGACGAUGCAACGGCCGAACGAAGCGCAGAGCGAAAGAAAAGAGCCGAUCUAACGGCGCGAGAAAAACGCCGAACGAAGACCUCCUCCGACACAAGCCUACAAACAACUGCCAUUCCGCCAACGAAAUCCACCUUGAUGCCAGAUAUUACCUCUUUCCAGGGCGUGGUGUGGAAAACGCCGGCGCUGGACCGAAAUCUGGAUGUCUCCAUCCUCUACGAACCGGACACGGGCGAUAAGGUCGCGCUUCUACAAAACUGGCGGGAGAUCUUCAAGUCCGUCCAGCCGGCACUGGACAAAUCGCGGCUGAAGAGGCGGCCUGUAGAGGAAUCUAUGACCGUGGACUCGUUGUCUUUGGAGGACAACGAUAUGUAUGACGGUGACAGCGACGACGAGCCCGACAGCUCCGACGAGAUGUCCGACGUUCCUUCGCUAUGUACUUCCGGGGUUGAUGGUGGGGAUGCUUCCAAUACCACUCCAGAUGCGGAGCCGGACUCUGUCCGCUCGUCGAGACGUGCGACGCCGCCGAAGGUCGUAAUCUCGACCAUGAGAGGGCGGAAACGGAAGGCUGCUGGACAACAAGAUGAGCCUGAUGAGGAUACGGCGCCGCCUCGGUCAAAGAGGGUCGAGUCGCGGAAAGGUGGUGGCAAUGCGGCAAAGAAGCCCGCAGCUCCGCCGGUGCGCAGGUCGACUAGGCAGAAGAAGUAG